GAUGCCAUUCUAAUGUACUCAUAUGACUCGAUAAAUGUUUGACAAAAAUCGUUCAAGGUGUAUACUCUGCUAUCCUGUGUCCCGUCAUUCAACCAUGUGAUGUUAUACCUUAUGAAAACAAAACCCUCUAAAUGAGCCGACCAAAUAUCCUUUAGAUAAACAAAAUCCGCGAGAGGUCAAGCAACACGUUCACAAAAAUGACAAGCGUACACAUUUACAUAGACUUAUAUUUAUACAUUUCAUUCAGGUUUGUUGAAAUGACUCAGUAACAAAGUUUUCAAUCAUUUUCGCUGCACCUGUGUUCGUUGACAAGUUAGAGGAAUGGCGAGAACCGAAAAGUUGGUGUUUUGUGUUGUUUUUCUGAUAAUGAACUGGACAAAUUCUUACAGUGGUCAAAGACUCGGUUCCAUCGCAGACACCUGUACUGGACCAGACGAAACUGAUAUUCUUAAAAAAGAACUUAGUGUUUUACAACAACUUGUCAAAGACCAAGCCAUUAAAAUGGAUAACCUAAAAGGAGAGUUAUAUUCCGUUAAACAAAAGCUCUCUACAUGUUGUUCUUCCGUUGGUCCGUUGCCUUCUGGCGAUGACGGUCAUUACGGUAAAGAAUUCCUUAUCGCCUUUCCAAAAAGCAAGGGGUCUGUUACAAAAGUGCAGGUAUUAAUCACAGCAAAAGAGGACGCCUUUGUGGUCUUUGACUCAGCGCAUCCUGGAGUCAACAACACAUUUCAGGUUUCCGCCAACGCGGGAAAAGAAGUUUCACUUCCGGUUUCCGUUGCUAUGGACUCGGAUGGGAUUUUCAGCAAGGCCAUGACAAUUCGGUCCUCACAUGCCAUCAGUGUUCAUUGUGUCAUUCAGUGCGGCUGCUCUGCAGCAGAGGGGUUCCUGGUAUUUCCGAGUCGGUAUCUGGGGACCAGAUAUUUGUUGUCCAAUAGUGAUUUUGCCAACAUCGCCAUUGCGUCGCAAUAUAAAAACACCACAAUAAAGUUAACAAUUCUUUCAUCUCCCAGCUAUAUUACAUGGAAAGGUGUUAAUUAUACUGAAAAUGAAGUUCUUCAUAUUGACCAAACUAAAGAAUUUCAAACAUUUCAGUUCAGUGCUACGGGAUAUCUCUUCGGUGUAAUUGAAAGCAGUAACCCAAUAGCUGUGAUUUCGGGAAGUUAUAGCGAUUCCUCAAUAUUUGAAGCAAACAGUGCUAUGGAAUAUAUGAUCCCAGUUAAAAAUUUCGAUUUCAAAUAUAUCAUACCAAACUUUGCUGAAUCAAGGCAGGAUACUUAUCAAUUUCAAUUUCAGGACCAUAAUGAAAAUUCGGUGACUAUUCCGGGAAUAGACGUUAAGCGGGGUGGAGGAACCGAUUUGUUUUAUUAUGCUUACGGAAACCAUCUACCAUGCAUAGCUAAAGCAAAUGAAAUAAUGAUGCCUGUCGUUUUUUCAUCAUACGAAUCAACGUUUAUGACAUUAAUACCAUCAAAAGAACAAUUUUCAAACGACUAUAGAUUUUUAACACCAUCUACGUCAUCGUUCCGCCAUUACGUUGUCAUGACGAUACUAGCCAAUCAGAUUAACGGAAUACUCAUAGAUAGCAAACCAAUACAAAAAUAUCAAAAUAACAUGAAAUCCGUCACAAACUCAGAUACCGGAGAAGAAUAUAUUACCAUAACUAUAGAAGUCUCCAAUGGAUUUCAUCAUAUCUAUCACACAGACUCGGAUGUGACCUUUGGGUUAAUACUUUAUGGAUAUGGAACUAGUGAGAAAAUAUCAUAUGGAUAUCCAGCAGGACUUAGAUUAAAAUAACACUUCUAUCAUAGACACAAUCUAGUUUCCAUUCAAAUGUAUACAUGUACAUGAUGUCAUUUAAAAGUUAACCAAUAACCCACACCUAAUAAACAUUACCCCAUCCCCCUCCCAAAUCCUCUUCAAAAUACUCUAUACAUGCAUCUUGACAAUCUCUAUUUCCAGUUUGAAAGGUCUGUUUCAACUUCUUUUCCAUGAGAAAAAUGUAUCCAUUG